CUGGAACUUAUAUUACAGGAUUUGGUGCUUAAUAAAGUUAAUGAAGUUGUUAAAAGAACUGUAGCAAAAAUGUUUGUGGAUCAUGAUGCUGGGUUGGAUGCUGCAUAUAAAAUCAUAUUAUGGACAAAAAUCAAACCAGAGUCAGGAUACAUAUUUUGGACUAUGUUUUGGAGGUUGUAA